CACACACACACACACACACACACACACACACACACACACACACACACACACACUAGAUUAGUAUCACACUUCUCUCAAGUCAAAACAGUCGGUUGUCAGGAAGUUCAGUGUUAUAAUCGCUGAGAGGAUAUUAGAAAUGUCAAAUAAAAUGUUUUGUGUUGUCAUUUUGUUCUGCUUGAAACCCUUUGUAUUUGCUGAUACGGUUACAGUGGAGUCAGUGUCAGUGACGGAGGGAGAUUCAGUCACUCUAGACUCUGGUUUUACUGAAAUGAUGGAUGAUGAUAUGAUUCUGUGGAGGUUUGGAUCUGAAAACACUUUAAUAGCUGAAAUCAGUGUAAUGGAAGGCAUCAUGGCUGUAUAUGAUGAUGUUCUUGACGGGAGAUUCAGAGACAGACUGAAGCUGGAUCAUCAAACUGGAUCUCUGACCAUCACAAACACCAGAACUGAACACACUGGACUCUAUCAACUACAGAUCAACAGUGUGAGAAAGAGAUUCAGUCUCUCUGUCUAUGCUCGUCUUCCUGUUCCUGUCAUCAACAGAUACUGUUCAUGCUGUUCAUCAUCAUCUUCUUCUUCAUCAUCAUCGUCAUCAUCUUCAUCAUCUUCAUCACAGCAGAAUUGUUCAUUGUUGUGUUCAGUGGUGAAUGUGGGUCAUGUGACUCUCUCCUGGUACAAAGGAAACAGUUUAUUGUCCAGCAUCAGUGUGUCUGAUCUCAGCAUCAGUCUCUCUCUACCUCUGGAGGUGGAAUAUCAGGAGAAAAACAGCUACAGCUGUGUGAUCAACAAUCCCAUCACAAACCAGACCACACAUCUGGACAUCAGUGAACUCUGUCAACCAUGUUCAGAAGUGCAUGGAUGUGAUACUAUCGAGCCUGUGAUCCGAUUGGUCGUCACUGUUCUGAUGGGCGUGGCUUCUGCAGCUGCUGCUGUUCUUCUGAUCAAUGAUGUCAGAUCUACAAGAGGAUAAAAGAAGAAAACAGAACAGAUAUCAUAAAUAUUCUCACAUAUUCUGGAAUCCUGAUCGUUAAAGUUUAAAAUAUCUGUGGUCUAGAAACUAUAAACUACAUCAUAUAAAUGUUCAUUACCAGAAUUAUUAUUUUUAAUAUGGUUGGCUCCAUCUGGUGGAUAUAAUUAUGAAUAUACUUCUAUAUUUGAAGAGUUCAUGUGCAAUAAACAGAUCAUCCUGAUUUUAUUAUUUUUUUAUUGUGCAUUCCAAUGAAGCACAAUCAAACUGCAGCUGGGUUAUUUUGAUUAGUAAAUAAUAAUAAAUAAAUAAAAACAGCUAACCAAACAAAACACAAUAAAAACAUGGUUUUUUUUGCAAAUAAACUCUUCAUUUGUUUUAUUCUGCAGUGGCAUCAGUUUCAUAUUUGUUUGUUAAUCACUUUUUGUAAUAUGUUUGUUUGUUAUUUAUUUCAUUUAUGUUUUGUUGCUUUGAGAUUUUAAUUUUGUUUAUAUGCACAAAUACUGCAAAUGCUUGCAAAAUAUGAAUGUAAAAUAUUAGAUAUCAUACUAACAAAUAUUCGUAGAGAGAGAGAGAGAGAGAGAUCUAUGAAUCAUACAGUAAAAUAGUGACGUAUAGUGACAUGAAAACAACAAACUAUGAAUUCAGACUGAACAAUUACUCAGUUGGUCUGAUGUUUGAAGUGCAUUAAGUAUUAUUAGCUAAUCCUCAAAUUAUGACAUGACAUACCUGACAAAUUCUGGAUUCAAUCAAUAUACUUCUGUCC